AUGGAUUUCCAAGCAUUUCACAACGACCGUUGGCGCGAGUCCAUCGCUGAGGUCAUUGUGUGCGCCAUCUCGGCAGGAUCUGAGAGCCUGGAACAGAGCCGCAAAGUCCUGGACUUCUUCAGCCUGGGCGAAGAGGAUCAAAGUGCCAAUGCUUUGGCACGCUUGGAGGAUGAGGUUCAGGCAUUGCGAAUGAGUCAUGAAGGCCACAAAGAGCUUGAGGGAAGAAUUCAAGCCCUAGAAAUGGAGAUGAAGGAGCUGAGGAUGAAGUUGCGGAUGGAACAGGAAAGCUCCAAGAGCCAAUUGGCGAGCCUCGAGGAGCGCCUAAAUGUGGCCGAGCAACGCUGGGACCAUUCCAAGGCAGAGCCUCAAACCGCCGCACCAAAGCAGACCGAUGGCGAGGUGCCGAAGGAUCCAAACCCCAAGAGACGGCGACUGGAGCCAACUGAGCGGAUGGAGGCGAAGGUUGGAAGCCCACAUGCAGGCGCCGGAGAGGACUCGGCCUUGCAUGUGGCGUCCGAGCUGAUGCGGCGCUUGUCGGCCGAGGAACGCAUGGAUGCCCUGAUUGCAGAAAGCCAUGGAAAACCCAGUGAAAAGCGAAUUCCCAAAGUUCCAACUUCCUUGGUGUCAAGAUCACGCCGCAAGGCACCAGACACCUCGCCGGCGCUCCUGGCGCUGCCUGCACCACCCACACCCUCAAGGCCUGGGGAGUCGGUACAGACCGCUGCACGGGUGGCUAAGGUGGCGCUGGCGGAGGCGGAGGAACGACACAGUCGCAUCAAACAGUUGCAGCAGGAGCUGGUCCGACGUCGUGAGGCUUUGUCUAGCAAGGCGACGCCUGUGGAGAGACCAAAGAUCGCGGUGGAAGGUGCCACUGAGGGUGAGGUGGCACUCUCCGAGUUGCGAGAGCAAUUGAAGCGCAAGGAAGAUGAGAAGAUCGAAGACGCCCCAGGUCUACACAGCCACCAGGUGCAGAGCUUUGUCAUCAAGCCUCUGCAAUAUGAGGUCUAG